AUGGCUACGCAGGCAACACGUGGCUUUGAUGAGGUGUUUGUAGAACCACUCAGUGAGAGGUUGACGUGCCCUAUCUGUCAUGUAGCGUUUAGAGAACCAGUGCUAACUCGAUGUGGCCACCAUUUUUGCAACAACUGCUUGAUGCCAUGUCUACAACAGUCUGCUUCUUGUCCCGUGUGUAGGAUGGAAUUGGAAGCAUCAAAUAUUUUCCCUAACAAUGCAAUGAAGAGAGAAAUACUGGACUUGAUUAUCAAAUGUUGUUUACAUGAGAAAGGAUGUGCGUGGACUGGUGAACUAAGAAAUGGUGAGAUGCAUGACAGAGAAUGUCAGUAUGUGGAUGUCGUGUGUGAUAAUGAAUGUGGGCAAUUAAUAAUGAGAAAAGACAAGGAGGAUCAUAUGGCAAAUCAUUGUCUUCACCGAAUGAUCUCUUGUGAGAAUUGUGACCGCAAUAUAAAGCAACUAGAAAUAGAUGAUCAUUACAAAGAAUGUGACAAGUAUCCUAUAAACUGUACAUACAAGUGUGGCAUGAUGGUUCAGAGAUGUAAAAUGGAAGAUCAUAUUGGCAGGCGAGGAACAUGUCCAAACAGUCUUCUUGGUUGUGAUUUCGAGGACAGUGGCUGUCAGUUUAGGGGAAAUCGCCAUGAUUUAUGCAAACAUAUUGAAAACAACAUUGGUUUGCAUUUUAGUUUGAUUGCAAGUGCACUGAGAGAAACAAAUGAGAAAUCAGCUGCUAGUGAACAUCAAUUGAAACAGGAACUGAAUAACACAAAGGACGAACUAAGAGCUACUAGAGAUGAAAUGGCAGAAACUAGAGAUGAAUUGGCAGAAACCAGAAACGAAUUGGCAAAAACUAAAGAUGAGCUGGAGAAAACUAGAGGUAAACUGACAGAAGCAAUGGGUCAACUUUCUGUAGACAUACACAGGAGAAGCCUGUCUCUUUUACCACAAACACCAAAACAAUUUUUGUUUACUUGGACAAUAGAUAAUUGGCAGGAAAAGAUGCAACUUUCUAGAAAGGCAGCAAGUGUUACAGAAGGAACUACCAGCAGUUCGUUUUAUGUUUAUCCUGGGUAUCACUUGUACAUUGGUGCUUAUCCAAAUGGCAUCAAUGCUAGUUGCAGAGACUAUCUUAGCCUAUUUCUGUUUCCAAGAAUAGGUGAUUUUGAUAGUAUAGUGAGUUGGCCAUUUCCUUAUUCAUUUGCUAUUGAACUUGUAGACCAACAAGUUGGAGGAGAGAAUAUUUUCCACCGAGCAUUACCACCAUAUGAAAGAGGACUACAGCCUUCUAAAUCUAAAGGAGGACGUGGUUUUUCAAGAUUUGUUUCUCGCCACACAUUGAGGUCACGUUGUUACAUCAAAGAUGAUUCAAUUUGUAUAAAAUUGCAUGUCUAUGUCAAGAAUGAGGAGUACAUGUAUGACUGACAUUGACUGUUUUAUGGGUAGGCUUUCUAAAAUUUCUUAAUUAAUAUUGAGACUGUUUGCUUUGUUAGUGUAGCGUUCAGUACCGCUUGUUGCUAUUAACAUUCAGUAAGCUAUGGUGUAUUGUACUCACAGCUACUGUACAUGUUUUAGUGUUGUCUAUCUCAACUCAUCAA